GUACGUAGAAAGUGGACCCGUUGACAGUUUGUUGAAGAAUAAAGAAGUGAACGGAACAGACAAGGAACCCAAGACCGACAGCCAGGGAAGAAGCUGGACGGAGAAGGAGUCGAAGCGGCAAGCAAUCGGAAAACCUUCUCAUCUAUUUGCAUUGCGAAUUGUAAUCUAUUUGCUUUUCACUUGUGCAACGCUUCCCCAGGUGCUUCAUGUAUGACAAAGUGUAGCUACAGCAUUCGACCUGAAGAUCAUGGAUUUCCUAGUUGGAGCUUUCAAGCCACCAUGUAAUGUUUCAAUCUCAUUUGCUGACGCAAGAACUCGCAAACAGUUGGCAAGCUGUCUCUACAUGCUCUCCAUGCAAAAAUCUUCAUUUAUUAGGCACUUCUAACUGAAUAAAGACCAUUCUUCUCCUUAGACCAGAACAAUGUAUCAUUUGAACUGGUUCCGUUGAAGAAGGACAAUGGCCAAACCAUCAUGGUUCCUCUCUUCCAAAGUCAAGAAAAUAUCAUUGGGGAGGUUCUUAUAGAACCAACUCAGGGGAAGAAAUUUGAACAUAAUGGUGUUAAAAUUGAGCUCCUUGGCCAAAUAGAGCUAUAUUUUGACAGAGGAAAUUUUUAUGAUUUUACAUCUCUUGUGCGUGAACUUGAUGUUCCUGGUGAAUUAUAUGAAAGGAAAACAUACCAAUUUGAAUUUUCUACUGUUGAGAUGCCACAUGAAUCAUACAAUGGAAUCAAUGUUAGGCUAAGGUAUAUUUUGAAAGUGACAAUUGGUCGAAAUUAUAUCAGCAACAUUGUGGAGUGCCAGGAUUUUGUGGUUCGCAACUACACUCCGCCUCCAUCAAUCAAUAACAGCAUCAAGAUGGAGGUUGGAAUCGAGGACUGUCUACACAUUGAGUUUGAGUAUGGUAAAAGCAAGUAUCACCUAAAGGAUGUCAUCAUUGGCAAAAUAUAUUUUCUUUUGGUGAGAAUCAAGAUUAAAAAUAUGGAGCUCGAGAUUAGGCGUCGGGAGUCAACUGGAUUGGGGCCCAAUACAUAUGUUGAAACAGAGACCCUUGCGAAAUUCGAGUUGAUGGAUGGUGCUCCUGUUAGAGGAGAAUCUAUUCCAGUCAGACUUUUCCUCAGUCCAUAUGAACUGACACCAACAUAUCGCAACAUCAACAACAAAUUUAGUGUGAAAUACUACUUGAAUCUUGUUUUUGUGGACGAAGAAGAUCGGAGGCAGCACACUAUGGCUUCAUCUAGUGGGAUUCUUGUCUGGUUCUUUUCAGGAGUUGGUGGAUUCAUCUUCAUGAGCUACUCCUGUGACUUGCAAUUUUAACGAGGUUGCUGUUUGGCUUUGCUUUUUCUUGAUAAUCAAACACAUGAAAUGACAGCAUUAAACUCCAAAAUCUUGCCUUCUUUUUCUUGUGUCUAAUAUAAAUAUUUUUGAGUUUGGGUCAUAGAUUUGUGAUUUACAUUGCCAUUGUAUCAUCUCAUUUUUCAAUUUAAAUAUAUGGAGCCCCUUUGUGUA